AUGUCCACCACCACUCAACCGGCAGCCAUGCCGCCUCAUUUUCCACAGCAGACACAUAAGGCCGGCGGCGGCCAAUCUAGUGCCCAAGAGAGUGGUCUACAGGAGACUCUUAAUGAGUCUCUACUCGGCCACCUCUCACAGCUGUUCAAUAAUUAUGCCGGCCCAAACGGCAAAUGGACGCGAGACCAGACCGGCAUCUUCAUGCAGCAUGUGCAGGCAGAGGACCCCAACGGUGCAGCAGGAUACCUCGUCGACAAAGACGAGCUAGACCUUUUCGACUUGAUUGAGUACAUUUCCUCUCCUUGCGGCAACGUACUAGGGCCGGUAGCUCCGCAGGAUCUUUCCUGGCCGCUGAGCAGCUACUUCAUCAGCUCGAGCCACAACACCUAUCUUAUCGGAAACCAGCUCUCGAGCGACUCCAGCACCGAUGCCUACAAAGAUGUCCUUCUACGAGGGUGUCGGUGUAUCGAAAUUGAUGUGUGGGAUGGCCAGCAGUAUUACAAACCAGGCUUCAACCCAGACGGGAUUGACGAGUCGGGAACACCAGCUGGUCUUGCCACCAAUGCUUCACCUCAGAGCAUUGGACUCAGAGAUCGACUGAUUACGAAAGUUGGGCGGUGGGUGAUGAACAAGUUUGACCCAGUUGACCCAGAAGGGAGAACCGUCGACGACAGGCUGUCGGAUAUCAUCCAAGCAGAACCGCGGGUCCUCCACGGUUUCACAAUGACGAAGGAAGUGCUGUUCCGCGACGUGUGUCGAGUGGUCCGGGACUACGCUUUCGUCACGACAGAUCUGCCUCUUAUUGUCAGCUUAGAAGUGCACUGCUCACCGCUGCAACAGGGAGCCAUGGUUGACAUUAUGGAAGAGCUGUGGGGAGAGUACCUCUUGCCUGCAAUCCAGACGGCCCCCGGCGCCCUUCCGUCGCCCGACCAGCUGCGCAAUAAGAUCCUAAUUAAGGUCAAAUACAUUCCCGAUGACGAAACGGACAACACCGCAGGCACUUCUGAAGAAGACAGCAUGUUUGAGGUGACGACGGAAGACAACGAGAGGAAAACGAAAAAGGUCAAGCCGCCCAAGGUCACGUCGAGGUUGAGCCGUUUGGGCAUCUAUACGCGCGGCAUCACCUUCAAGUCCUUUGAGCAGCUCGAAGCGUCGAUGCCGAAUCACAUCUUCUCCCUCUCCGAAAAGGAGGCAUUUGCAAUCCAGAGACGCAUGCCAGAGGCCUUGUUCGCGCACAACAGGGCUUUCCUCAUGCGGACAUACCCGCACGGCAUGCGGGUGGACUCGUCCAACUUCGAUCCCGUCAGUUUCUGGCGGGCAGGCGUGCAGGUUGUCGCGCUGAAUUGGCAGUCGUGGGACGUGGGCAUGAUUCUUAACGAAGGCAUGUUCGCGGGCUCCAGUGGCUACGUCCUCAAACCGGAGGGCUAUCGCCAUCACCAUGGCGAAGUACGGGGAUCCGACGGCGAGGGAGAAAAGGCAUAUGGGUCGAAAAUCACCGGCAAGACACUUGACAGGAUUGCAGUCACGGUGUUGGCGGCGCAGAAUGUCCCUCUGUUCAGGCGAGAUGAUGACCCCGCCAAGUUCAUACCUUACGUCAAGGUAGGACUCCAUACGGAACCAAGCGCGCUGGCAGCCAUGGUAAGCGAAAGUGCGGGCGGAGAGCAGGUCACGCAGGUCGGGUAUAGUGGCCAGACGGGUAAGGGCAGAGGCACCAGCCCGGACUUUGGCAGCGAAGUUAUAGAGUUCCUCAACGUGGAAGGCGUCGUACCUGAGUUGGCAUUUCUGUCUUUUGUAGUCAUGAAUGACGUGAUCGGUCCCGAUGUCAUGACUGCCUGGGCGUGUGUCCGCCUGGACAGGCUGAGGGUCGGAUACCGCUUUGUGAGGCUGUUGGACAAGGGAGGCAUGCCGACUAGCGGCGUUCUCUUGAUCAAGACGGAGGUCAGGGAAGCUGUUAAAUCAUGA